AAAGAAGAGCCAUUCACCUCGCCUUCAUCAACCCCACACAUUUUUCCCUAGCAAUGGCCCAAGAGGCUCCCGAAGCGCAGACGGAGGAUAAGACGGACCCCCAUGGCGUCUCCCACCAUCAUCUUGGUGGUCUGCCAUCCGAGUUGUUCGACGAGAUCUUGUUCGAGAUCAACUCCAUCCGCGAUCUCGCCCACUUCAUUGCCACGGCUCGCUUCGUGUACCAACGCUUCAGGGUUCAAAGGCGGGCCGUCCUUUUCCGGGUCCUGCAAAACGAGCUGGGCCCCGUGCUAGCUCACGCCAGGUUCCUCUUUGUGUUCCCUUAUCCGGGACCCACAGACCAGGUCCGGUACAUCCAAUGGCUACGCCUCAUGGCCUCGAACAUUCCAAUCCAAGGCGAUGCCCUCCCCCACCUCGAGGAGCUAAGGGCGCUUUGCCGCACCCUCCACCAGAUUAAUCUCAUCGCCGACAUGUAUGUCACAGCACGGCUCGCGUCGUUCGACCUCGGCGGCGGAAGCGGAACGCCCGCCACGGCGCCGCUCCCGCCCUUGGAGCGGCGACGGGUCGUGCGCAGCUUCUACCGCCGUCAGAUCCUGAGCAACGCCUGGGCCGCAACCAGGCGCCCCAAGCACUGGACCCCCGAGGACACGGCCGCUAGCAGCAACUCGAGCACGCAUCAAGCCGAGGAGUUGGCAAAUCGACACGCCGACGUCUUUAUCACGCGCCUGUGUCUCGCGCUCGUGCAUCACUCUCCGCGGACGGCCGACGAAGCCCCAAGGAUCCCACCCCGCCAGUUCGACAAGCUAUUUGCGCACCUGCACCGCCUCAUCCACUACCUGCAAACACAUCGCUGCGUCGCCGAGCGGGCCGCUCGUGAUCUGGCAGCGGCCGUGGAACUCGCGCACUGCGCACGGCUGCGCGACGAGUACGUGAACCCGUACCAGAUGACCUCCUUGCGGCUCGCGUGGCAGGAGGCGGACCGGGCAGCCUCCUUCCCGGACCCGGUCACAUACAAGUGGGACUGGGACGGGUUGGUUGUACCCUACGUCGGAGACGGGCUCAACCUCGCCCCAUACGGCUGGAUGGACGCGCUGGGGGGGAGCUGUAUACCGGAUGGGUUCUUAACCGCCUGAUCGGGCGGGAUGACUGAUGAGGCGCCACAGGAAACUGAUGGCUCCGGUUGCUGCUCUGAAAUCCCUCUUGUACACCCUCAAAACCUUGGCCGAUGGCCGCAUCCUACUAAGCUUUGGUGACACGACCACAUACAUGCCAAUGGGUGGGAUUCUCAUAGCCUGCAAUACCCAUCGGGCUUCUCUUCCCGGGUGUCACGACAAGAUAGGCACACCAUUUUGAUUCUGUGGGCUAUCAACUCUGUAACCUCAAUCGCUACCGGCGUUGGCUUAGCGGUUCUGAAGAAGGGCAAAAGGGAAACAGAGGAAUUGUCAGGCGGUGGCGACCACUGCAGACUGCCCACCUUUCUAAUCGCCCAACCUGCAGCUCUCCGACCCACAAUCAAACGAACAAUACAACACCAUCACCAUCGUUGCCCCCGUGCAUGUCC